GUAAAAAGGUGUAGGUAGAGUGCCUACUUAAAGAAAGACAGGCUGACUGUAAGGUCCUUGGCCCAGCACAGGCCCUGAUCUGGUACUGAGGAAAUCCAAUUGGAGGGAGAUCCAGGCCCAGGGUGAAGUUUAUUUAUUGAGUGCUCUGACUGAUACCUGUUAGUUGUAUAAAGGAAAUCAUUUGUUCUUUCCUAAAUAAUGGUUAAUUCCACACAUUUGGCAAAGAAGUUACCCAGGAAAGGGCACUGGUUGUCUCUGGAACUUCUGAAAUAACAUCCUGGAACUGGAGAUUUCUGGGUAUUGGUAUUGUGUCUGCCCCUGACCUGCAAAGACCUCAGGGAGCAUAGCUGACAUUAAUAUCUUUAGAAGAACUUGAGCUCAAACACAUGCUUUUCAAAGCCAAAAGUGUAAGGAUUUAUUUGUGCAGACAAAGGUGACACGGAUACAGGAGAUCUUAGCUGGAAGACUCAUAAGGAGGAAGAAUAGGGAGAAGACAUAAGUGGCAGUGGAAAAAGAAAAGACAAAAGAGAAGGUGUCAAGACUGGGGAAAGGAGAUCCCAGAGGUGGAAGAAGAGGAGAAACAAAGAGGGUUGGCUCCACUCUAAUCAACCAUGAUCAGCAACCAGAGCCUCUCAUUGUCCCUGUGGGCUGCUCUAGCCCUGACACUGGUCAUAGCUGCAUGUCCUGUAACCAGUACUAAUGCUGAGGCCAAUCAGAAGGCAUUGGGAGGUGUGGAGCCUGCUGACCUGAACGAUGAGGAGGUGAAGAAAGCGGUGGACUUUGCUGUCGAAACCUACAAUGAUUUGACCAAUGACCUGUACAUUAGCAAGCCAAUACAAGUGAUGAGCGCAGGUCAGCAGGUCGUUGUUGGAAAGAACUUCUACUUGAGAAUUAAGUUAGGACGAACCACAUGUACCAAAGGCCAGUUUGUUGAUUUGGCUGAUUGCCCCUUCAAUGAACAGCCAUAUGAGAAGGAGACUGCAAUCUGCAACUUCGAGAUCAACACUGUGUCCUGGGAGAACAAGAUCUCCAUGACAAACAUCAGCUGUUACACUUCCUGAGGAUCUAUGCUGGGCUGCACUGUGCUGAUUUCCUCCUACUCUAGCUUCUCCUUUAGUUCCCUUUCCUCAGACAGGGAUCUGAGCCCUGAGUGACAUCACUUCAGAAUGCAAAGAUCAGUAGAGCAGGAUGCUGCAGACAGACCCUGCACACCUAAGUGGCUAAUUCCUUGUUUCUCCUACUGCUUCCCAAAUGCACCACUUUGAAGUGUUGCUUAUACCUUUCUAAAUAAAAGAC